CAGCCACACCCGCUCUUCUCGCCAGGAGCGGAGGCCACCCACCUCCCACCCCCACCCCAUCCAUCCCUGCCGCCGCGCGCGUGCGUCUCCGCAUCCACCCCCCCAGCCCAAUGGAGCGCGCACGCCGCCUCGCCAGCCGCGCGCUGCUGCGCCGCCUGCUCGCGGCCUCCUCGUCCGCCACGUCCCCGUCCCCGUCCCGCGGCGUCUCCACCCUGGCGCCCAGGCCGGCGGCGGCCGGGUCGCGCCCCCGCGCGCGCCCGGCGCACCAGUACACGCCCGGCCGGCCCGUCUCCGUGUCGGCGCUGCAGCCCAGCGACACCUUCCCGCGGCGGCACAACUCGGCCACCCCCGCCGAGCAGGCCGUUAUGGCGUCCGAGUGCGGCUUCAACACCCUCGACGCGCUCAUCGACGCCACCGUCCCGGCCGCAAUCCGCGCGCCGCCCAUGCAGUUCACCGGCAAGUUCGACGCAGGCUUCACCGAGUCGCAGAUGCUCGACCACAUGGCGCACCUCGCCUCCAUGAACAAGACCUACAAGUCCUUCAUCGGGAUGGGCUACUACAACACCCACAUCCCCGCCGUCAUACUGCGCAACCUCAUGGAGAACCCCGCGUGGUACACGCAAUACACGCCUUACCAGGCGGAGAUCGCCCAGGGCCGCCUCGAGUCGCUGCUCAACUACCAGACCAUGGUCGCCGACCUCACCGGCCUGCCCAUGUCCAACGCCUCGCUGCUCGACGAGGCCACCGCCGCCGCCGAGGCAAUGGCCAUGUGCCUCGGCAUCGUCAAGUCCAAGAAGAAGACCUUCCUCAUCGCCUCCAACUGCCACCCGCAGACCAUCGACAUCUGCAAGACGCGUGCCACCGGCUUCGACAUCAACGUCGUCGUCUCCGCCGCCAAGGACUUCGACUACAGCAGCGGCGACGUCUGCGGCGUGCUCGUGCAGUACCCCGGCACCGAGGGGGAGGUGUUGGACUACGCCGAGUUCGUCAAGGACGCGCACGCGCACGGCGUCAAGGUGGUGAUGGCCACUGACCUGCUCGCGCUCACCACGCUGCGCCCGCCGGGCGAGAUUGGCGCCGACAUCGCCGUGGGCUCCGCGCAACGCUUCGGCGUGCCCAUGGGGUACGGCGGCCCGCACGCUGCCUUCCUCGCCACCUCCCAGGAGUACAAGAGGCUGAUGCCCGGCCGCAUCAUCGGUGUGAGCGUCGACUCCAGCGGCAAGCCCGCGCUCCGCAUGGCGAUGCAGACCAGGGAGCAGCACAUCCGGCGAGACAAGGCCACCAGCAACAUCUGCACCGCGCAGGCGUUGCUCGCCAACAUGGCGGCGAUGUAUGCCGUCUACCAUGGUCCGGCUGGCCUGAAGGCGAUCGCCGACCGUGUCCAUGGACUGGCUGGUACUUUCGCCCAUGGUUUGAAGAAGCUCGGGACAGUGACAGUGCAGGAGCUGCCCUACUUUGACACGGUCAAGAUCACUUGCGCCGAUGCUAAUGCCAUUGCUGAGGAGGCCCGCAAAAACGAGAUGAACCUUCGCGUUGUCGACGCAAACACGAUCACCGUUGCCUUUGAUGAGACCACCACCUUGGAGGAUGUUGACAAGCUGUUCAAGGUUUUCUCUGGUGGCAAGCCAGUGGGCUUCACAGCUGAAUCCAUUGCGCCUGAGGUCUCAAGCUCAAUUCCUCCUAGCCUUGUGCGCGACAGCCCCUACUUGACCCACCCAAUCUUUAGCAUGUACCACACAGAGCACGAGCUCCUCCGUUACCUGCACAAGUUGCAAUCCAAGGAUCUCUCACUGUGCCACAGUAUGAUCCCUCUUGGUUCUUGCACCAUGAAACUAAAUGCUACCGUCGAGAUGAUGCCCGUCACCGAUCCCAAGUUCGCCAACAUGCACCCAUUUGCCCCUAUUGAUCAAGCUGCAGGCUAUCAUGAAAUGUUUGACAACCUGGGUGAUCUGCUGAACACCAUCACUGGUUUUGAUUCGUUUUCUUUGCAACCGAAUGCUGGUGCUUCAGGAGAGUAUGCUGGACUGAUGGUUAUUCGGGCAUACCACAAGGCAAGAGGAGACCACCACCGAAAUGUCUGCAUCAUUCCCGUCUCUGCGCACGGUACAAACCCUGCAAGUGCUGCUAUGUGUGGAAUGAAGAUUGUUGCUGUUGGAACUGAUGCCAAAGGUAACAUUAACAUUGAGGAGUUGAGGAAAGCUGCUGAAGCAAACAAGGACAACCUGUCUGCUCUGAUGGUUACCUAUCCUUCAACCCAUGGAGUCUACGAAGAAGGCAUUGAUGAGAUUUGCAGGAUUAUUCAUGAUAACGGCGGUCAGGUCUAUAUGGAUGGAGCUAACAUGAACGCUCAGGUUGGGUUGACAAGCCCUGGUUUUAUUGGAGCAGAUGUUUGCCAUCUUAACCUUCACAAGACAUUUUGCAUUCCACAUGGUGGAGGUGGUCCUGGCAUGGGUCCUAUUGGUGUUAAGAAGCACUUGGCACCAUUUUUGCCAUCUCAUCCAGUGAUCCCCACUGGUGGCUUCCCUCUCCCUGAGAAAACCGACCCUCUUGGUUCCAUUUCUGCUGCUCCAUGGGGAUCUGCUUUGAUUCUUCCAAUUUCGUACACCUACAUAGCCAUGAUGGGCUCUCAAGGACUAACUGAAGCCUCAAAGAUUGCGAUCCUGAACGCGAACUACAUGGCAAAGCGUCUGGAGAAACACUACCCAGUUCUUUUCCGUGGAGUCAAUGGAACUGUUGCCCAUGAGUUCAUUAUUGAUUUAAGAGGAUUCAAGGCAACUGCCGGUAUUGAGCCCGAGGAUGUGGCGAAGCGCUUGAUGGACUAUGGAUUCCAUGGACCAACCAUGUCGUGGCCUGUUCCAGGCACACUUAUGAUUGAACCUACUGAAAGUGAAAGCAAGGCUGAACUAGACAGGUUCUGUGAUGCCCUUAUCUCCAUCAGAGAGGAAAUUGCACAGGUAGAAAAUGGAAAAGCAGAUGCGCACAACAAUGUCCUGAAGGGUGCUCCUCACCCACCCCAAAUCCUGAUGGGUGAUGCAUGGACUAAGCCAUACUCCAGGGAGUAUGCUGCAUUCCCCGCGGCGUGGCUUCGUGGUGCCAAGUUCUGGCCAACAACAUGUCGUGUGGACAACGUGUACGGGGAUCGCAACCUGAUCUGCACUCUGCAGCAGGAGGUGGCGGAGGAAGCUGCAGCUGCGACCGCGUAAUCUUUUGAUGAUGACGAUCCUGGUGUGUGAACUGUGAUACUGUGUCAAGAAGUUAUGAUGCUUCCUGUAGGAGGGAAGCAUGCUUGCUUCUAAAUCCCUCAUGUACUGUAUAUAUUCUCCUCAGAUGCCACCUUCUCCUGUAUCCUCUGUACCCCCACGCUGCCUCCCCAUUCCCAUUUGAAAGUGAAAUUAGCUAUAUUGGCUAGCAUUUCUACUCUUCUCUGAAUACAGGAAAAAUAAUGGAGAUCCGUUUUGAUGUCCUAGCCAUACACUGAAAGAAAAUCUAGUUAUUUUUA